CUCCCUCUGCGCCCCAGGGCUGCCGCGCUGAUAAAAAUGGCGAAAUGGGGGUAGCCGGCGCCGAACCUGAAGCGAUGGGGCGCGCUGGUGGGGCGGUUGUUGGAGCGCCCUGACGUGGGCGCCGGGCUGCUCUUGGCAAUUUGACCUGGCGACCUCGGGCCGGCGCCCAGUAGGUCAGAUCACGGAUUUCACGGGUUGCCGAGGGGCCCGCCGAGAGCCAGAGGCAAUGGAUGAGCAGAGCGUGGAGAGCAUUGCUGAGGUAUUCCGAUGUUUCAUUUGUAUGGAGAAGUUGAGAGAUGCACGGCUGUGUCCUCAUUGCUCCAAGCUUUGUUGUUUCAGCUGUAUUAGGCGCUGGCUUACAGAGCAGAGAGCUCAGUGUCCUCAUUGCCGUGCUCCACUUCAGCUACGAGAGCUAGUAAAUUGCCGUUGGGCAGAAGAAGUAACACAGCAGCUUGACACUCUUCAACUCUGCAGUCUCACCAAACAUGAAGAAAAUGAAAAGGACAAAUGUGAAAAUCACCAUGAAAAACUUAGUGUGUUUUGCUGGACUUGUAAGAAGUGUAUUUGCCAUCAGUGUGCACUGUGGGGAGGAAUGCAUGGUGGACAUACCUUUAAGCCCUUGGCAGAAAUUUAUGAGCAACAUGUCACAAAAGUGAAUGAAGAGGUAGCCAAACUUCGUCGGCGACUCAUGGAAUUGAUCAGCUUGGUUCAAGAAGUGGAAAGAAAUGUAGAAGCUGUAAGAAAUGCAAAAGAUGAGCGAGUUAGGGAAAUCAGGAAUGCAGUGGAGAUGAUGAUUGCACGGUUAGACACACAGUUGAAGAAUAAGCUUAUAACGCUGAUGGGUCAGAAGACAUCUCUAACCCAAGAAACGGAGCUGUUGGAAUCCUUACUUCAGGAGGUAGAGCACCAGCUGCGGUCCUGUAGUAAGAGUGAGUUGAUAUCUAAGAGCUCAGAGAUCCUCAUGAUGUUUCAGCAAGUCCAUCGAAAGCCCAUGGCAUCCUUUGUUACCACUCCUGUUCCACCAGACUUUACCAGUGAAUUAGUACCAUCUUACGAUUCAGCUACUUUUGUUUUAGAGAAUUUUAGUACUUUGCGCCAGAGAGCAGAUCCUGUGUAUAGUCCACCUCUUCAAGUUUCAGGACUUUGCUGGAGAUUAAAAGUUUACCCAGAUGGAAAUGGAGUUGUGCGCGGUUACUACUUAUCUGUGUUUCUAGAACUCUCAGCUGGCUUGCCUGAAACUUCCAAAUACGAGUAUCGUGUAGAGAUGGUUCACCAGUCCUGCAAUGAUUCUAGCAAAAAUAUCAUUCGAGAAUUUGCAUCUGACUUUGAAGUUGGAGAAUGCUGGGGCUAUAAUAGAUUUUUUCGUUUGGACUUACUUGCAAAUGAGGGAUAUUUGAAUCGGCAAAAUGAUACAGUAAUUUUAAGGUUUCAGGUACGUUCACCAACUUUCUUUCAAAAAUGCCGGGACCAGCAUUGGUAUAUUACUCAGUUGGAAGCUGCGCAGACUAGUUAUAUCCAGCAAAUAAACAACCUUAAAGAGAGACUUACCAUUGAGCUGUCCCGAACUCAAAAAUCAAGAGACUUGUCACCACCAGAUAAUCAUCUUAGCCCCCAAAAUGAUGAUGUUCCUGAAACUCGAACUAAGAAGUCUGGCUCAUGUUCUGACAGUCUUCUUGAGGGUGGUCCUACUACUGCUUCUGUAAGAGAGGCCAAAGAGGAUGAAGAUGAUGAGAAGAUUCAGAAUGAAGAUUAUCAUCAUGAGCUCUCAGAUGGAGAUCUGGAUCUGGAUCUCGUUGGUGAAGAUGAAGUAAAUCACCUUGAUGGCAGCAGUUCCUCUGCGAGCUCCACAGCCACGAGUAACACAGAGGAAAACGACAUUGAUGAGGAAACUAUGUCUGGAGAAAAUGAUGUGGAGUACAAUAGCAUGGAAAUGGAAGAGGGAGAACUCAUGGAAGAUGCAGCUGCUGCAGGACCUCCAGGUAGUAGCCAUGGUUAUAUGGGUGCCAGUAGCAGAAUGUCAAGAAGAGCGCAUUUAUGCUCUGCUGCUACCAGUAGUUUAUUAGACAUUGAUCCCUUAAUUUUAAUACAUUUAUUGGACCUUAAGGACCGGAGCAGUAUGGACAAUUUGUGGGGCUUACAGCCUCGCCCACCUGCUUCACUUUUGCCGCCCACAGCUUCAUAUUCUCGAAAAGAUAAAGACCAGAGGAAGCAGCAGGCAAUGUGGCGAGUGCCCUCUGAUUUAAAGAUGCUGAAAAGACUAAAGACUCAAAUGGCUGAAGUUCGAUGUAUGAAAACUGAUGUAAAAAAUACACUUUCUGAGAUUAAAAGCAACAAUGCUGCCUCUGGAGACAUGCAGACAAGCCUUUUUUCUGCUGAACAGUCUGCUCUGGCUUCAUGUGGAACUGAAAACUCUGGCAGAUUACAGGAUUUGGGAAUGGAGCUUCUGGCCAAGUCAUCAGUCACUGGAUGUUACAUACGAAACUCCACAAGUAAGAAGAGUAAUUCACCCAAGCCAGCUCGGUCCAGUGUAGCAGGUAGUCUGUCCCUUCGAAGAGCAGUGGAUUCUGGGGAAAACAGUCGUUCAAAAGGAGAUGGUCAGGCUCUGUCUGAAGGCUCCCCUGGAAGCUCUCAGUCUGGGAGCAGACACAGUUCUCCCCGAGCCUUGACACAUGGCAAUAUUGGUGAUAUUCUGCCAAAAACUGAAGACCGGCAGUGUAAAACUUUGGAUUCAGAUGCUGUUGUGGUUGCAGUUUUCAGUGGCUUGCCUGUUGUUGAGAAGAGGAGGAAAAUGGUCACCUUGGGGACUAAUGCUAAAGGAGGUCGUUUGGAAGGAAUCCAGAUAACUGAUUUGGAAAAUAAUUCUGAAACUGGAGAAUUACAGCCUGUACUACCUGAAGGAGCUUCUGCUGCCCCUGAAGAAGGAAUGAGUAGUGACAGUGACAUCGAAUGUGACACUGAGAAUGAGGAGCAGGAAGUGCACACCGGCAUGGGCGGAUUCAGUGACUCUUUCCUGGCCCAGCCCCCCAGCGAAGAUCACAAAUUCUUUGAAGACAGAUUUGUUCACUACCCAGCACAUCUUUAUUGCUUAAAUUACACAUUGGAUACUCAUUCCAGUUUUCCUGAUGGUGAACAGAUAGGUCCUGAAGACCUCAGCUUCAAUACUGACGAAAGCAGUGGAAGGUAAUUGCCAAAUCAAGAGAGCCUACUUGCAAGCUACCUUGACCCUGACGAUUGCUGUAGUUGGUGCUCAGAUUUGUCAUCAGUCAGAUAAUCAGAUUUGGUUUUAUUUUUUGGUCUUCUCUACCUGAAACAUUAAUUUGGAAAUUGUUAGAAUAUAACACCAGUCUAGUCAAAGUAGUACACGGAGGGAAAUUGAGAGUGUUGGAAGAAUUCUUUGUAAGUAAUGAAAUAAUAAGUGCAGUCCUCAUUUAAUUUAGUAAAUUAGUACAGUCACAAAAUGCAGUUUGUCUGCUACGACAGAAGGCCAAUUGAACUGCCAGAAAAUGUACCUAGAGACAGUGCAUGCACUUAGUAACCUCCUAGACGAGCUCUUCUGUUGCGUUUAAAUGACCAUCUUUAUGUUUUUGGGUUUUAAUCAGUUUAUACUUUCAUCAGUGCUUGUAGAUUAGCAAGCAGAAGAAUU